AUGGCAGCGCUACCAUACAUAUCCAUCCAACCGAACUACUCGGAAGUCUUCUCCGACAUUUCUUCUUCCACCAUUGCAGGGGAAAAAGUUUGGCUUUCGUACUAUUCUUCCAACGCCCCUUCCUCCAGUGUACAUCUCAAGCUGCCGCUUCAACAAGUCAAAGAUGAUGGGAAGAGUAUGGAUACGCAAGGUGGAGUUAGCAUUGGGGAGGUCGAAAUCAGUGGAGGGCCGACGAAAGGGCUGAAAGUUAGCAGAGUCCAGGGUAGCUGGUUGGAUUUGGAACUCACCCAGGAUGCGUCAGCGGAAGACCCUGAUGAGGUUGUGCCCGGCAAGGAAGAGCAGAACAGCGGCGGUAGCAGGUCUGCUAGAGGCCUGCAGUCCAGUAUAGAGCUCGAUUCGGGCGUGCAAGUCCGUUUUGCACGGAAGACAUUAACAAAAUUCUUGCCGACAGUGGGGACGUCGAAAGUGAACGACAACUAUACGAACUAUCCGACCAUUGAUGCAUUCGACAUCUCUCAUGGGACUUCUGAGGACGAGGUUGAUAUGUUUGUCGCAGGUGGUGCUGAAGGAUCGCUCCAUACAGGACGGCUAUCUGAAUUCGAUCCCGAUUCAGCACGCUCGCAAGCUAUCGAAACACUUCUUACUCCCGAAGAGAGAGACAUCCUCAGCGGAGAAGCACGAGAUUCGGAGGAGAAGAAAUGGGAUAUCGAAGCAAGAAUUCGUAUGCAUGUCAACUCCGCCAAAGCCCGCCUUGGCAAGAAGACUGCGCUCAAAGGUCAUGUAGGAGACAUCCGCUUUGUGAAAUUCUUCCCUUCCAAUCGGGUCGUACUUUCCACAUCGAGCGAUUUGACGGUGAGAAUCUGGGAUCCGUUCACAGGCGACAACCCACGCACGCUGGAAGGGCAUAAACGGGCUGUGCUGACAGCUGGCAUUAUCGGACGCGGGAGGACAGUGCUCAGCGGUGGAGCAGAUGGGUCUGUACGAUUAUGGGACGUUGCGGCAGGGGAGAAGAUUAGGUUGUUCGGUAGUGAUCGUUAUUCCGCGGUCAACUGUUUGGCGCUGGAGAAGAAGGCAGAUGGUGGAGAAGAAGAUUUUGCGGUGGGGUUGGCUAGCGGUGGAUGGCAGAAGUUCGAUAUAAGGACUGCUGUGGCGAAUGUCACUACUCAGAAAUAUGCUUUUCCGCCGGGAAAGCCGCCUUCUGCGUCUAAUUUGUGGACUCAAGGGCCUACGGCGGGAGUCACGGCAAUUGAUGUCAGAGGUCACACGGUGAUAACAGGUACAGCUAAUGGGAUUGUUAGUGUUUGGGAUACCCGUGCCACCUCCUCUUCUUCGAAAGCUGAAGGGACGGAGCCGCCAAAGGGUCUCGUCACGGCAUGGAGGAGGAACAAUGCAGAAGUAAACUCUUUGAAGCUCUUUGAUGGUCAGAAGGGCUUGGAGGUGCUAGUCGCGACGCAAGAUGGGUUGCCGUAUCGUGCAGCGUUAGAGGCUGGUGGCGAGAGGAUGGACGUAGAAGGUGCAGAGGGAGAGGGAGUCUGGACAGACGCUGCACCGAGAGUAGUGUGCGAGUACGCAGGAUGGGAUUGCGAUCAAACGAGCUGGAUUGGGUUGGAUAGCAAAGAGAGGGUUGUGAUUGCUGGUGCUGAGGGUACUGUUAGGCGAUAUUAA